ACGAUAGCGCAGUACAUAUGUAUAAAAUGAUUUGAGAAAUUAAGAAGCAUGAGCGAUGUGUGAUAACAAAUAUACGCACAAUAAUCUGACGCUGAAAUUAGCAACGAGCAACCCAGACAACAGCCGGAUUUGAGUAAGCAAUAACAACAACACGACUGAGAUAUAAACGACACGUCAACAUAGCGGCCUGAAAAUGUAUUGCCUGCAGUGUUUACUACCCGUCUUACUCAUACCAAAGCCCACAAAUCCAGCGCUGAUGGAGACGCACGUCAUGUUCAUAGUACUCUAUUUGAUAGGCUUCUUCCUGGAACGAAAGCCAUGUACAAUCUGUAGCCUAGUAUUUCUCACUGCCGUCUCACUCAUCUGCUACAGCGGCGUCGGCAACUGCAUAUUCUGGGGCAGCUGCGAGGGUCAUCAUUGUGAGAAUGGCUAGAUGCCGUGCCCAAAUUCAGAGCAAACAGUCAACGAAGUCGAGGCGGAAUGCAGGAGUGCUAAUUAAUUAAAAUUUGUUCGCGUUUGCUACAGCUUUACAAUACAUACAAUUUGCAUAAACAAACAAACAAUCAGUGAUAAAAGUGAGUGAGUCUACAAAAGAGAAGAGGAGAACGUACAUGAAUGUUUGUCAACAAACAACAAACUCUAUUUAUCUGCCCGCCCCACAAGGAAAGCCAA